AUGGCUUCGCAUGUCAUGGGCUCCGAACGCGCUAGAUCAGUGCCUGCACUGGCUGAACAUAUCUUUCUGAGAGUAGGACGAGCCCUUGAUUCGACAGACUAUACCAGGAACGUCACGAGUGGGAGGAAAGCCAAGCCUGUGCCUACCCCAUUCGGUAUCUCUCCGGCCCUUCACUUCAUCGCAGCGCCUAAACCUGCCUAUGCCCAGAAACCCUUGAUGCCGAUAGGAUGA